UCAUGUGAUCAGUGUGUGUGUGUGUGUGUGUGUGUGUGUGUGUGUGUGUGUGUGUGUGUGUGUGUGUGUUUUCCCCCACUGCAUGAUGGAGGGCUCUAAAACGGAGAAGUUCCAGUUACACGUCCCUAAUCUUGAGGAACUGUGUCAGGUGCUGGAAAAGGGCCUGAGGAAGAACUUCGAAGAUGCAAAAGUGUGUGUGAGUGAGUGUCCAGAUCUCAGCCAGGAGCCCUUCAAGUUUCCUGUCAAAGGACUUUGCGGUAACCCUCGCAUUACUGAUGUUGGCGGUGUCCCCUACUUGAUCCCUCUGGUUAAAGUGGACAAAGUGUAUAACAUGAACACUAUAGCUAAGGAGUUGGAGUUGCCUGGGGCAUUUAUUCUUGGUGCUGGUGCAGUGUCAUCAAAUACUGUUGGAAUGAACGGAGAGCUGAUGCCUCUGGUGUUGACGGAGCAUGACGGAAAACCUGCUGUCAAUGCCAGCUACUUCUCCUUUAUCAACCCAGUGGAUGGGAAAUGCUUGCAGGAGAAAUACAGCGACAGGUUCUGUGACUGUGACUUUGGGCUUCUAGCGAACCUGUAUGCAUGUGAGGGUCAGCCAGGGAAGGUCUUGGAGGUCAGAGCCAGCAGGAGGACAGGUGAGGACAGUCUUGUAAGCUGUAUGAGAAAGACAAUGGAGGAACACUAUGGUGAUAAAAGCAUUGCACUUGGAGGGACUUUCAUCAUCCAGAAAGGGAAGGCUAAGAUCCACAUUAUGCCACGAGAGUUUUCUUCAUGCCCCCUGAACACUAAUGAAGAUGUAAAUAACUGGCUAAAGCAUUUUGAAGUCAGUGCCCCUCUGAUCUGCCAGUCUGUCAUGGUGUCUAAAGAUCCACAGGCAUUGCCACACAUACUGGACACCAUCUGAGCCCAAACAAGUUUAUCUUAGACUCAUCAGAACACAGAGGUGGCUCCUGGCCAGGUUUUUACCUGUUUCAGAACAGGUUAGAGCAUCUGAUGAGCUGUCUGUCUGUAUAUGUAUGUAUGUAUGUAUGUAUAUGUAUGUUAGUAUACCAUGCCAAUUUUUAAUAAGUAAAAUAUUAGUGAAAUAAAUAUUAGGUUAGUAACUCUGCUUUGCAUCGGCCAACUCAUAUGGAAGCAUCAAAUAUAACGUUCCAUGUA